AUGAGAAAUGCAACUAAUACCAAUUACCAAGGAGACUAUUCUCACUUCAAAGUUCAAAGACUAGUAGUUAGUAUAUUAUGUAGGAAUAACACACUUCGAAGAUGGAAGAGAGAGAACACGCAUUCCCUUGCUCCAAGGGAUUCUCUAAUCAAAUUCUCAAUUCCCAACAUUAAUGAUUCCACCACCACCACCACCAAUUCCUCCACCAACUCCAGCUCCAAUUCCAACUCCAGCACCAAUUCCACCACCUCCACCACCAGCUCCUCCGCCAAGUCCACCACCGGCUCCUCCACCGCGGCCACCAACACCAGCACCAGCACCAAGUCCUACUCCAAGUCCACUUCCACCGCCAACACCACCACCACCACCACCUCCACCUCCACCUCCACCUCCGCCAAUUCCCCCUCCACUACCACCACCAAGUCCCCCACCACCACCAGCACCUCCUCCAAGACCACCGCCACCACCAAUUCCAGCACCAACUCCAACACCUCCGCCAAUUCCGGCACCAACUCCACCACCGCCGACUCUAGCACCUCCACCAAUUCCUCCUCCAACUCCGGCCCCACCACCAAUUCCUCCUCCAACUCCACCUCCAGCACCACCACCAAUUCCUCCUCCACCACCACCUGCACCCCCGCCAAUUCCUCCUCCAACUCCAGCUCCACCACCACCACCAAUUCCUCCACCAGCACCCGCACCACCACCAAGUCCACCACCACCACCAAUCCCUCCACCAGCAUCACCACCAAUUCCUCCACCAGCACCCGCACCACCACCAAGUCCACCACCACCACCACCACCUACUCCACCUCCAAUUCCACCACCACCACCUACUCCACCUCCAAUUCCACCACCACCACGACCACCUACUCCACCUCCAAUUCCACCACCAUUGCCAACUCCACCACCAAUUCCUCCGCCAGCACCGGCACCGGCACCACCACCAAUUCCUCCACCACCACCUCCUCCACCUCCAAUUCCACCACCACCGCCAACUCCGCCCAACACCACCACCACCACCACCAAGUCCACCAUGACCUCCGCCAAUUCCUCCACCAACUCCGCCACCAGCACCACUACCACCACCAAGUCCACCAUGACCUCCGCCAAUUCCUCCACCAACUCCACCACCACCACCACCCCCAAUUCCUCCACCAACUCCACCACCGCCGCUUCCUCCUCCAACUCCACCACCACCGCCGCUUCCUCCCCCAACUCCACCACCACCCCCAAUACCACCUCCAAUUCCUCCAUGACCUCCUCCAAUUCCACCACCACCACCACCACCUCCUAUUCCUCCACCAAUUCCACCACCACCUCCUAUUCCUCCACCAAUUCCACCACCGCCACCAACUCCACCUCCAAUUCCUCCAUGACCGCCACCACCACCUCCACCAAUUCCCCCACCACCGCCAGUUCCUCCAUGACCUCCCCCAAUUCCACCACCUUUCUUACCUCCACCACCGUGGUGAUGGUGGUGGGGGCUUUUCCCGAUACAGUCUUUCCCUAAAUUCCCUGUCUUUCCUUUAUGCCCACCAUCUGGCUUUCCACUACUAA